CCGCGAGCCGAAAGGUACAGAAACAGCACAACCCAUUCGGGAAGAUCGAAGUCAUCCAGUGUAUCCACUCUUCAGUACUCUAAGAUGUCGUGCUUACAAGUUGAUGCACUUCAUUUUGAUGACCAUGGAUUUUGCAGUGUCGAAAUUCAUCGAGAGGAUAACCUCGUUAAACUUAGAACAAAUGUAAAAUCUCAAGAAGAGUUCCAGAAAUGGAAAGAACUAUUCUGCUUAAGUACACUAUAGUCAAGUUUUGUUGAGCAGUGUGCCUUGUCUUUUAGCUCAUUUGGUUUAUAACAUCAGUGCUUUCAGUGUCUCCCUAACUUUCCCACCAAUGUGAUUUGCCAAAUAUGUAUUUCAGCGGUAGUCUCUAGGUUAAGUUAGGUUUCGGUAAGUUAAGGUGCUCACAGCAGCAAUUCUUUAAUUCCAUAUGAUACUAGUUUACAACCUAACACAAAACAUUAUUAAUAUUCACUUAACAGUUGCAGGGUGUUCAUGGAUGUGACCAUAAGGAUAUUGCAUGAGGUCUGACAUGCUGAUGAGGGAGUUUCCUUGCUUUAUUAAGAUCCACGGGAACCACAGUCAUCCUCUUGGCUCUGCUAAUGCCCUGAAUGAAUUGAGAGUACCCUCAAUUACAAGAGAGAUGUUUGAGAGGUAUUUUAAGCAAGCACAGCACUACUUAAUGAAGAACAAUCUCCAUGAAGACCUUGUUUCUCAACCAAACAGUGCCAUUAAUCCAUCUUUGAGGGCCAUCCGUUACUUACAUGACAAAUUCAUGCACGCAGAGCAUGGAGGCAUAAAUGACAAGCCAGUGAUGGAUAGUAUACUUGAUUAUGCUAGAAAUCAUCCAGAGUUAAUUCUCAAGAUAGAAAUGUUGGAUAGACGCCUCUGUGCUGUACUGGUCACAUCUUUCAUGCAGCGGGUUCACCAGGAGCUUAGAGAAGCUGGUGAGGUUGUUUUUGUUGAUGCAUCAAGCUUUGUUGACCAGUCAAGUUCGGUUGUCAUCCCAAUGCUCUGUGCUGGCCCUGCUGGGGCUGCACUCCUGGCUGUUAUCUUCACUACCUCACAAGAUGAAGCUAUCCUAACGAAAGGAUUCAGCAUGGUCAAAGAAAGCCUUGGUGCUACAGCCUUUUUUUGGAAGAGGAUCGCCACGGUCUUUCAUGACUGACAACUGUGAUGACAAGAAGAAUUCUCUGAAAGCAGUGUGGCCCAAUGCAAAACAGUACCUUUGUGUAUUUCACUUAUUACAACAGGUGUGAAGAUGGCUACUGGAUGGUAAACAUGCCAUCAAGAAGAGUGACUGGCAAGAGCUAAUGGCUGCUGUAAAGAAUCUUGUAUAUGCUUCAACUGAGGAGGAAAUUCAGAACGUAUUGGAAAUCUUCCAAGAAAAUCCUCUUCUCGAAAUAUACCAAUCAUUUAGAAGGUACUUAUCACAGCUGCUUUAACAUCACAAGGAGUGGGCAGUAGCAUAUCGGAGUGGAAUGCUGCUAAGAGGACGCCACACAAAUAACUUUUGUAAGGCCACAAUAUGUAUCAUCAAGGAUAUUGUGCUCAGUAGGUACAAGACAUUUAACAUGUCCCAGCUGGUGAUGUUCAUGGCAGAAAUAUUUGACAUGUACAUGCAACAAAGGCUAGUUGGAGUUGCAGUUGGUCGUCAAAAGGUCAAACAUAUCAAUGUUGGUAAUGUUCCUCUAGAUAAUGUGACUCAGUGUGAUGAUGGUGUGUACAAUGUUCAUAGUGAGACUGACCCCAGUAGGAAAUAUCAAGUAGACUUGAGAGUGGGAACAUGCACAUGCCCUAAAGGUGCUACUGGUGCAGUCUGCAAGCAUCAAGUAACUUGUGCAGAGUAUAGCAUGACAGUGAUCCCUCAAGUAUUCAUCUCAACAAGUGAAAAUAGGAUGUGGUUAGCUGCUUUGGCUGUAGGUAAAGAGAAGACACCAGAUAUAUAUUUUUUUCAAAGAUUUGUGUGAGGGGAUGAAUACAGAGGUUAGUGAGCAAAAUACCCAAGCUGUGAUAAAAACAAAACAUAUAUUAGCUGAAGAUUGUGAUGGGACCACUAAUGCUAUUACAGAAGAUGCUGACUUUCUAGAUUUUAAGGAAGUUUCACCCAUUAAUGUAAGUCACACAAAUUAAAGGAUCUUGAGACAAAAAUAAUACCUUGCUUAAUGAAAUUAAGGAAAUUGUCACUGGUGUCACAGAUGAAGAGACCACUAAAGCUUUGGAAAGAAUGAAAAAAAUUUUGAAACCAGUCAAGAUGCCAAAUCAUUUGAAUCAUCUUUUGUUUAGCAUAGGACAACAAACAUGGAAAGGAACUGGUGGCAGCGGAAAAAUUCCAUGUCAGCCUACUUCAGUUUCAAGACGAGAUCCUGGUUAGCCAAGAGGAGCAGCACUUAUAGGCAAUGGUAGAAAACCAGAGGGAACCAAAGAAAAGGCUAAACAAACUAGAAAUUUGGCUUUAAAUAUUAGCCAGAAUGUGGCAAAUGCUAAGUCGCAUGGUCAUGGGCAUUAGAUAAAUGCAAUUGCAUUCAUUCCAAGUGCCCUACUCUCAAACAAUCUUCAUACUUCAUAACACUUUUUCUCCUUCUAUUUCCCUAAUGCUAACCUCUCUCUGUUCCUCCAUCCUGCACUACUUUCCAUCCAUCCAAGAUACUUGAAACACUGCCUCUUCCAUUUCCUCAUCAUUCAGCCUUACAUCCAUCCUGUCACCUGAUACAGCUCAUUACCUUACUCUUUCCUACAUUAACCUUCAGUUUUCUUCUCCAACACCCCAUCCAAAUCUUUCACUGUUUUACUUGUUCAUCACUACCAGAUGAUCUUUUCCUAUCUCCAACUUUUUUUUUUUACAUUUUCUUAUUAUCUUGAACAUUCUUAACUUCCUCCCCUAUCCUCACUUCACAACACAUAUAGCUCUUUUCACUUGUAAUCUACUUUCCUUGUGCUAUCAUAUCAGAUUCCAUUCUUUCUUUGUGGCCAUAACUUAUGAUAUAUAAUAUAAAAUAUAUUCAUAUGGUAAACAAAUAGCAACAGAGCACACUUCUUACACCUUUCAAGAUUGCACUGAUGUACAUAAUGCUAGAAUGUAAAUAAACUCAUUGUCAAGCAGAA